AUGUUAUUUCUCAAUGGUCGAGCGCGCAAUCCAACUGUUUCAGGAUUUGGUCUACAUAGUCAAAACUAUACACAGAAAGUAGGUCAUUCAUGUAUCGUCGGUGGUUGUUUAUCAAUAGUAACUGGACUUAUACUUAUCGUCGUGGGUGUUAUAUCAGAAGAGAAGAAAACUACGUACAUUGGUGCCGGUGUUAUUGGCUUGGGUGUUGGAUGUUUUCUUGUAACGUUAGUUUGCUUCUAUGCUAAGCUGGACAUUUGUUAUAAUAAUUGGGCAUAUCGAGCUCGUGUUCUACCAGCAAGUAGUGGAACUCCUCAAGCGAUUCCACCGAGUGCUACUGCAAGAUCACGAUUGGCGACAGAAGAAAAAUUGCCGAGUGCUAUAACACCUGAUAUGCCUGCACCAUUAACUACGGUAUCCGAUGUCGAAGUACAUAAAUUUGCUACUGAUUCAAUAAAAAAGCAGUAUUCAAUCACAGUCAAAUCAGAGAAUGUAUCUUAA